GGUACGCUCUCUACGUAUGGCGGUCUUUCUAUACUUCCGAGCGAAGUACCGUCAUGUGAUGUUCACCGGAACUCGGUGAUACGUUCUUAUGGCGACACGGACACACUUGGAUCUACGACACGCCAGCCCAUCAAAAUGAGUAUUCUAGUCGUCAUGGUCUUAAACGUCCCCUCGCUGAUCGUAUCGAGUACUAGCAUUCAUUGGUGGAUUCUGUCCAUCUAUGCAACAUCAAGGAUCAGACAAGCAAUGUGCAGUCCCCCGUGCAGAUGGGAUCAGAUCACAGUCCAAACACCAAACUUAACCAGCUGUGUCAACUGCCCGAAAUGUCCCAUAGGAAUGGGCUUGAGCCCGCAAUGUGGUUCCUACGUGGACAGCAGUGUGCGUAUCGAGUGUGUACCAUGUGUGAGUGGAGUGAGCUAUUCAACUUCUAGCGACAUCUCAUCCUGUAGCCCUUGCUCAAUAUGUGGAGAGAAUCAAGAAAACCUGCGACCCUGUACAGUCGACAGGAACUCGGCCUGUGGGAAAUGCAAGCGAGGGUAUUACCAAGAGCCGAUAGUCUAUGAUUGCUGGCCAUGCUCAAAAUGCUGCCCUAACAGCACUGACGACGAUCUAGUGCCAGCCUGCCUCGACCAAGGAUUACCGCGUGAACGAUCAUGUACACUGGACACUAGAAAUCGCAACUGCCCGGAAGUAGAACCAUAUAGCAAAUCUCAAAAAAAUAUAAUCACGAAGACACCGCUAGUUAAAAAUGUAACCGAUGAAAUACUGAACGGUUCACGAGUUAGUGACGGAGAUGCGUCCGGAAAAGUGAUCGUAAGGAUAGAUCUGCUAAUCUUGGUUCUACUUGGUGUGAUGUUCAUCGUUAUUUCUCUGGCUGUGGGUAUCAUCGCAUUCCUGGUCAGCAGUCGAUGUCAUGUCCGCGCAUGCGCAACUCCUCAGGCAACGAACUUGAGAGUAGCUAGAGACAGUGGAGACCACGAGCCAUUACCGCCGGCCCAGCAUCUGCUCCUUUCGGAAAACUGCCAAAAGACUGCUGUAUUCUCGGUUUGAAUCCACGCGGACUUGUAACGGAACACUAGACAAAGACCAAGUAAAACAUAUAAAAACCUUGGCAAGCUGGACGUUCGAAAGAAACGUUCUUUUCUGUUGACACGUGUGCACCAAUCAAAAUCACGUGAUAUUCGAGGGACCUCUUUGUGGUGUUGCGGUUAUACGUUAUACGGGCCUCGCUGGACACAGCGUCACUUAUAUAUGGAUUUGAGCACCAGGGCAUAAAUAGAUGUCGAGGUUUCGCUAAUAAGGAGUUUGUUAGUUUAUAGACGGUAUGGAAGGUUGAAGGAUAAUUAGGAUCUUGUAUGAGCUUAAAACUUAUGCACUAGUCUUUUGAAACCCCCACCGCCAUGGUCGUGGUAAAGGAUGGAGGGGGAUAAGACUUUAAUCCCGAACAAAUGAAAUAACAGCCCCCACCCCCUCAGGAUAUAAACUGUAAUCAAAGCCUCUACCCUUGGAGUAAUAACUGUAUAUUGAUGACAUACCAUUUGAAAUGAGCGUUUUAUACCGCUUAUAUAACGUUUUACUGUUGAACUACACAAUGCAAGUAUGAAAGAGAGAGUUCGCCUUUCUUACACUUCA